UAAACUGCAAAGUGUUCCCGAAGCAAAAAAGUUGAUUAAAUAAAAAUAAAAAUAAAAAUAAAAAUAAAAAUAAAAAACCCCUAAACCCCAACAACAACCUUGGCACAUUAGUAAAUUCUUCCUCGGUCUUUUUCCUUAACAAUAAAAACUUCUCUUUGUUGAUCACCAAUUUUUUUCCGAAGCUUCUUCUGAGUCAGUCAUGGCCGAUUUCCAGACAUCGACUCACCGAGCUAAGUGGAUCUUCACUCCUCAAGAGCUGGUUGAUAAAUACAAAGCUGCUCAGCAGAGAGCAAUACAAACUUUGGAGAAGUAUGGAGCAACACUAAUGGAAGUAGAUGCUGACGGGACAUUGUCUUACCCUGAGCUUCAAGCUAAUGCGAAAGAAAAUGCUGACAAGCAUUCGCGUUCGAAACCUCUUAACCUUGAAGAAGAGCAAUUUAUUCGCGUUUUUUAUGAGAAUAAACUGCAAGAAGUGUGUAACAACUUUCAUUUUCCUCAUAAGAUUCAGGCGACAGCUCUCAUAUAUUUCAAAAGAUUUUUUUUGCAAUGGUCUGUAAUGCAACAUCAUCCAAAAAACAUCAUGUUAACCUGCAUUUAUGCAGCUUGUAAGAUAGAAGAAAAUCAUGUAUCAGCGGAGGAGCUUGGUAAGGGGAUCUCACAGGACCAUCAAAUGAUACUCAAUAAUGAGAUGAUAGUUUAUCAGAGUUUGGAAUUUGAUCUUAUUGUUUAUGCACCAUAUCGCUCAGUUGAAGGCUUCAUUGAUGAUAUGGAGGAAUUUUGUGGAUCAAAGGAUGAUCAGCUUCAAGCGUUGAAAAAUUUACAUGAAACUGCGAGAAUGGAAGUUGACAAAAUUAUGCUUACUGAUGCACCACUUCUAUUCCCUCCCGGUCAGCUGGCAUUGGCUGCUUUGCGUAGUUCAAACGAGGUGCACAGAGUUAUCGACUUUGAAAGAUAUCUAAAGAGAAUUCUCACUCGUCAGAACUCUGCGCAUACCAUGUCAGAGCUUAUUGAAUCUCUAAAUGCAAUAGACUCCUGGGUGAAGAGAUAUAAGUUCCCCUCAGAAAAGGAUUUGAAACACAUCAACAGGAAGCUGAAGUCUUGUUGGGGUCUCAGCUCGCAUGACGAGAGCAAGAAACGGGAGAAGAAAUCAAAGCACAAGUCGAGGAAGAGUUCAAAUGAGCAGACUUUGCCUUCUCUAAACGAAUAGUAAACCCUCACUUGGUCUCUCUUAGAAGUUGUGUUCUUCCUCGGGGAAAAUAUUUUCAAGGAGUUUGUAUUCUGUUAUAAAAAAAGAAAGUUGAGUUUCUUCUUCAUUUUCAAUUUUUGCAUUGUGAGGAAUUUUGCCAAGUUUUGAGACAAUGUUGUUGGCCAAACCUUAUCAAUAUCUUGAAUUUUCUGAUGAUAUUU